AUGAAGAAUAUUUCAAUCGCCAGCAAGUUUCGAUCCAAAAGGCAAUCAGUGAGAAAGCAACUUCAGACUGCAGCCAUGUACAUUCAUGCUGAUCUUUUUAUUCUGAAAAUUUUCCAACUUGUUUGCUGGAUAUCUAUGGAUAAUGGUGAUAAAAGUUGGAUGAAUCUCCUGAGAUGGACAGAUGAAAAUGUGGUGGAGGAACAUUUGGUUGUUCAUGGAUUUACUAAAGGUUAUACCAAAUGGGUUUUCCACGGGGAAGGAUUUUCCUCGAGAAAUACACCUCAUCCAAGCAAUGAUGAUGAAGAAUCUACCAUCCGUGACGAAAUUGAUGGACUACUUCAUGAUACAUUUAGAAAUAUAGAGGGUCAGACAGGGGAUGAAGAAGGAGUUGGGGAAAGACUAUCUGAAGAUGCAAAGAAGUUUUUCAAAUUACUGGAGGAAGGAAAACAAGAGUUAUAUCCGGGGUGCGAAAAUUUCAGUAAACUGAGUUUCACUAUUUGGUUGUACUUGCUUAAAUCCUUGCAUGGGUUGAGUAAUGUGGCUUUCUCAGAUUUGUUAGAGUUGCUAAAAGAGGCAUUUCCCUUUGCUCAGGUACCAGAAUCUUUCAACAAGGCUAGAAACAUGAUAAAAGAUUUGGGUCUUCAUUAUGAAAAAAUACAUGCAUGCCCUAAUGAUUGCAUGUUAUUUUGGAAAGAUAAAGCGAAUGUCGAUAAUUGCUCUAUUUGUGGGUCUUCAAGAUGGAAGAGUGCUGGUCCUUUGACUAAAUCAAGCUCUAAAAUUCCUGCAAAGACAUCUGCUGAUGGGGAAGCUUUGAAGGCUUUUGAUUCUUUGCACCCAGACUUCUCUAGAGAUCCUCAGAAUGUUAGAUUGGGUCUUUCAAGUGACGGUUUCAAUCCGUUUCAGACUAUGAGCAUUUCUCAUAGUCCAUCAUCUCCGGGAAAUGAUAUAGAUGUGUACCUACGACCAUUAAUUGAAGAAUUGAAGGAACUAUGGGAAACUGGGAUAGACACAUUUGAUGCUGAAACCAACCAAACAUUUCGAAUGCGUGCUGCCUUAUUGUGGACAGUUAGUGACUUUCCAGCAUUAGCAAUGCUUUCAGGAUGGAGCACUAAGGGGAGAUUAGCAUGCCCCACUUGCAAUUAUGACACAUAUAAGAAGUCUUUUGAUGGUAAGGAGGAGCAUAGACCUACACCUGCUCCCUUGUCGGGUGAAGAAGUGUUUGAAGAGCUGCUUGAAUUCAACAAUAUCUUUGGAAAGAGCACUAAAAAAAGGCCUCGGAGUGAUAAGGGUCCGUGGAAAAAGAGAUCCAUUCUUUUUGAAUUACCAUAUUGGAUGCAUAACAAAUUGAGGCACAAUCUUGAUGUGAUGUACAUCGAGAAAAACAGAUGUGAUAGUUUGCUUGAGACUUUAUUAGAAGUAGAUGGAAAAUCAAAGGAUCAUGAAAAAUCUCGCCAUGACUUACAAGAAAUGGGGAUACGAAAGGAGCUACAACCAAGAAUAAAUAAUGAUGGAAUUAUAAGUGUGGCUAAAUCUUGUUUCUACAUGGAACCAAAACAGAAAAGUUUUUUUUGUACUGUCUUGAAAAAUGCUAAACUACCAAAAGGGUGUGCUUCGAAUAUUUCAGAACGCGUGCAAGUGAAAGAGAUGAAAAUAUCAGGGUACAAGAGUCAUGACGCUCAUUUUAUAAUGCAUUACUUGCUCCAGGUUGCUGUUAGAAAAGUAUUGCCCAAGAAUGUUGCAUUGGCCUUGAUUAGGUUGGGAAAUUUUUUUAGAGCUAUAUGUAGUAAGGUCAUAAGGCAAAGAGAUCUUGAAAUAAUGCAGUCUGAAAUUGUUGAAAUAACAUGCGAGCUUGAAAAGAUUUUCCAUCCAACAUUUUUUGACAUAAUGCCACAUUUGCCUAUUCAUUUGGUGAAUGAAAUUAAGCUUGGGGGUCCGGCUCAUCUCCGUUGGAUGUAUCCCAUUGAGAGGAACCUAUGUAAGUACAAGGCAUUUGUACGUAAUCGAUCUAAUCCAGAAGCGUCAAUAGCAGAGGGGUUUGUGGCCGAUGAGUGCUUGACUUUUUGUUCGAGAUAUCUACAUGAUGGUGUUAAAACAAAAUUUAGUAGGUACCAAACUGUGGAUGAUGAGUGCUCUCAAAAUUUGUCACCUAUAUUCCCUAAUAAUGGCCAUCCAAUUGGAAGUAAGAAAAAAAAUACUUUUCUCAUGAAUUCGCAGUUAUGCUUUGAAACACAUCGAUAUGCUCUGUUCAAUACUGGAGAUGAACAAAUGGAAAAGUUUAUCGAGGAACAUAAGAAUUUAAUUGUUAUUCAUAGUAGAUCAAAUGCAUGGGUAAGAGUGAGGGAUCACAGUCGCGAAUUCAGCAAUUGGUUUAAAGAGAAAGUUAAAAAUAUUGUUGUGCCAGAUUAUUUAAGAUGGCUAGCCAAAGGACCUAAUAUGGUAGCCACAAGAUAUACGGCAUUUUUUAUUAAUGGAUACCGAUUUCAUACAAAAGAACGGGAUUCCCGAUGCAAGACUCAAAAUAGUGGAGUGACUUUAUCGGCAACAACAGAUAGUUUUGCUAGUUCUAGGGACCAAAAUCCGAUCGAUGGUGAGGUUAUCUAUUAUGGAGCGAUUCAGGAUAUAAUUGAGAUUGAUUAUUGGGGUUGUUUUAGUGUUGUAUUGUUUAGAUGUGAUUGGUUUCGUAAUGAAAUAGAUGAUUAUGGGUUAACUCGGGUGUAUUUCAAUAGAUUAUGCAGUAGAGAUGACCCUUUUGUAUUGGCAUCACAAGUUUAUCAAGUUUUUUAUGUGGAGGAUCCAACUGAGAAAGAUGUUUAUUAUGCGAGGAGCAAAGUACCUGUUGAUUUGUAUGAUCUAGAGGAAGAGAACUGUCCUAAUAUUGGAGACACAUUUUGGAGGGAACCUAAUAAUGACAUUGGUUCCUCAUCUAGAUUACUUGAUGCUGACAUUAGAUGGUCAAGAGAAGAUGUACCCGUUGAUAUCAUUGAAACUCCAUCUAAUGCACAAAAUUCACAUGAUACAAUGGUGGAAACAUUGGAAGAGGAGGAUGAGUUUGAUGAUACUAAUUGGGACUGGAUGGAAGCAGAUGAUUAA